UUGCUCUUCCCCUCCACCAUGCUGCGUCUUGGGCUCUCGUCGUUGCGCCCAACGGGCCCUUCUGUCUCCCGUGCGGCCCAUACGAAUAUACGAAACUUCUCUUCCAUUCGACCCAAUAUUCUCCAGGCCUUGCAGAAACAGCGACAAGCCUUUAGCUCUGCUUUCAAAGCUCCUCGAUACACCACCAUGGUGGAAACCAGCCGGCCGAUAUCAUGGCGUCGAGUUGCCCUCAUUGCGGGUGGUGUUGCCGGCACCGUCAUCGUACUCGAAAGUGCCCUAAACCGCGAAACACGCUCUGGCCUCACCAACGCAGAGCGGUCGCUGCUCAAUUCAACAUUCAUGUAUACUGGGGCGGGAUUGACGAUUACAGCAGCGGCUGCGCGGGCCAUGUUCACAUCUGGCGUCGUUUACCGCAUCAUGGCGGCCAAUCCAUGGGUCGUGAUGGGUGCCAGUCUCGCAGGAGGAAUUGGCUCCAUGAUGGGUGUAUUCUACACGCCACCAGAGAGCACUGUUCCCAAACAUCUAUUCUGGCUUACCUUCAAUGCCUUCCAGGCUGCCACACUCGCUCCUCUCUUCUUCUUCAGCCCCGCGAUCCUUGCUCGCGCGGGUCUAUAUACUCUCGGUGUCGUCGGCUCUCUCUCAUACGUUGGCGCCACCGCCGCAAACGACAAAUACCUUAUGCUCGGUGGACCUCUCCUGGCUGGUGUGACCGUGGUGGCCCUCAGCGGGCUUGCUCCCCUUGUGCUCCCUGCAACUUCUCUCCGCGCCCUGGCAAUUACCGAGUCGAUUUAUUUGUACGGUGGCCUUGCCGUAUUCGGUGGAUUCGUGCUCUAUGAGUAUGUGACAUUCCGACUUGCCGUCAAUAUAUUCUGA